UCUGACUCGCCUGUAUUUGAAAACCAAGCCCUUUCAGUUUCUCUUCAGUUUAAAGGGCUGAUUACAAAACACAAGUGAAACUGUGUGUCUGUCUUCAGUCUAAAGGCUGCACUGGAUGAUGUUGUAUAUCCUGAUACUUGCUUUGCUUUUUAAAGCAUCAGCCAUUCAUCUCCAGGGAUAUGGAAAUGCAGUGGUUGAAUACGGCAAGGAGGGUCAUUACAAAUGCACUGUGGACAACCAAACAGGUGUGCUGCAGGUGACGUGGCAAAGGCUUGUGAAAGAUGAGCCGAUAGAAAACCUGGCAACCUACAGCCAACUCUUUGGGCAGCGGGUGAACAGGCCUUAUCAGGGAAAGGUGAUCCUCACGCAAGCGUCCCUCAACUCAACUUCAAUCACUCUGACGAAUGUAUCGUGGCAGGAUGAGGGUUGUUACAUAUGCUCCUUUAAUGUGUAUCCUGACGGGUCCAAAAGAACGCAGACUUGCCUCAGCGUGCAAGGAAUAUCCAGCGUGGACACACAGUUCCAUCACAGGAGUGGACAGGGCGGAGAGGACGUGGGGGUCAGCUUUAGCUGCUCUGCCACAGGCAAACCAGCGCCAACCAUUGAGUGGGACAUUUCACCUGGUGCCACGUACUCCGAGCAACGACAGACCGCGGCGGUCGCAAACAGUGACCACACGUUUACCAUCAGCGACAACAUCACUCUGCGGCUGCCCGUGGACUGGGACGGACACGUGGACUGUCUGCUGAACACAGGACGGGCGGGACAGAGGAGGGAGAAGAUUCCUUUCGUUUUAGAACAUGCAGAGCAUCCAAAAGAUAAGGAUGUGAAAGGACUGUCACCGUCAGGACUCGCAAUAAUCAUUACAGCUGUGACCCUGAUAUCCCUCAUUGCUGCUGCUGCUGCUGCAACAAUGUGGAAAAGGUUUAAGUGUAACAGAAUGAAAUUGUGUCAGGAUCUGGAGUUAUAUUGAGUCUGUGGACACUGAAACACGUGAGCAUUUUAUAAAAAAGUGAAAGAAAAACAUAAUAUAUUUCCCACAGAGACGACAUGACGAAUGUAAAAUUAAUUAUAAGUUUCAGAUCUGUAUGUUCUUCUACUAUUCACUUUUAACAGUGACCGCUGUCCAGUGCAAUUUUCACAAAUCUACUUUUCCUGUGAAGACAGUGCCAUCUAGUGUACUUUGUUGUAGAAACAGAAAAGUAGAGGAAUCAGGAACAGGAUCAAUAAAGUAGGACAUUUAUGUAAAGCUAGUGCAUAUGAGACAUAAGCGUAAACUGCAUAACACAUAUAAUUCUUCUGUGAUUUUCACUUGGGUUAUUAUUCGCACUUUACCUUGCAGGUUUGCACUAUAGAUGUUUCUGUGAGAUUGAAAUGUUAUUUAUUGCUUGUUUGCACACAUGUCCUGUCAAUUACUGUAUGCAUUAGUGUUUAACAGUUUCAACACAGUUGUUUCAUGCGUCUUUUUUAUGCAAACAACAUUUAAUAAUUAUAUAUAAUAAUAUAUAAAAUAUGCCUGGAAAUGUUAAUAAUUGACUUAAUCUCCAUGCAUUUUACUUUAUUUUAUGAUGAAACUAUAUAAUGUGAAAAAUCUGUUAUAUAAAAUAUAUCAUGAGUUCUUUGCCUGUGAUA